AUGGCGAAAGACAAAUAUGUUUUACAAUCUCCAAAAGAUCAAAGGUUCUAUAGGAAUUUUGCGACUUUAGCAACAUUUUUGUCUGUUGGUAAUCAAGAGUGGUGGGGCUACAAAAAGCCUAACAAAGUUCAAAUAUAUCAUAGAAGACUGGCUUGUAUUCUUUCAUCGCAAUUCAAAAGUUUUGAAAAAGUUAUGAAACUAUUUAUGGACAAAAUACAUCUAUACAACUACAAAGACAUGAACGCAUUCACACGUCAAGUAAUGAAUUGGGCAAUCACGCAUAUAAUUAAUACCUACGUCUGUAUCAUGGGAUGUAUUAUUCUUCUGGUCUUCAACUCUCUUAAUUAUAUGUUAGUGUUCCAUAUUAUUGGUCACAUACAAAUGUUCAAGUACAAAUGUAAAACGGAAUUUUCGGACACUCUAAGUAAUAAUGAAACCAGAGACCUGCUUAUUAGUUUGAUAAAGGAGCAUUCUUUCAUAAUCGAGGUGUUCAACAAUAUGAAACACGCAUUCGGAUACUACGUAACUGGAAACUACUGCCACAACUUACUUAGUGACAGCUUUUUACUUUAUCAAAUUAUGUUUGGGAAUAAGGAGGACUGGUUAGUAUACGGGUUGAUGGUUGUUGUAUACUUAGGGGGACUUAUUGUAAUGUCUUUGGUACUGGAAGAAAUACGUCGCGAGAGCGUAGAUAUCGCAGAUGACGUUUAUAGUAUCCCGUGGCAAAACAUGUCGAUAUCCAACCAGAAGAUUUUAAUGAUGGUGUUGGCUCGCUCACAGCCCCCUCUAGAGUUUAUAUCUGCGGGUGGAUUACGAGCAGGCGUUCAGCCCACGAUAUCGAUUAUAAAAUCAACAUUUACAUACUAUGUCAUGCUGAAAACGAGCAUAAAACUUAACUAA